AGUAGUUCCGGUGAGGAUGUGAAAUUCAAAUUUUUAUGUUCAACAGCGCAUUAUCGAAUAACAAUCAGCUGUAUAAAUAGGGAUAUUCUUCUACACCAGUAUUAACGUCUUUGGCAUCAAAAUGGCUGUCUGCGCAGAAAUUCCAGUGCCAGCACGCCACCUCUCCGCCGACUCCGUCCAGCCAAAACCGGAGCAUUGCAAGCGGUUUCAGAAAGGGCGGUGCACAUUUGGCGACAGUUGCAAGUUCCUUCACGACCCAGCGAAGCAGGCUGAAUACCUAGCUUCAGUGGCAACAGAAACCUUCCAAAACCAGUGCAAGUACGUGAUCCACGGGCAACGCAGAUGUAAAAACGCGGCGCUGGUCUCCGCCGACGGGCUCUGUUCCAGACAUAGCGCGUUGGUUUCUUCACCGUCGGGACCAGCUGAGGACGUCUUGAUACAGCACGACGCGACGAAGCGAAUUUCCGCUAGCUGCAAGCGGAUGCAAAAUCCGGACAGCGUGCGGGAUGCGCCGGAGCCACUCGUUUUGCAAAAAAGCAGUAGUACACCGCAGCAAGACGUCCUCCUCGACAUCGGCUGCGCCAGAGGACGAUGGCUUCUCGACCUGGCCGAGCACGCGACACGGGAUAAGGACAGAGUCGCAAAAAAAAAUUUCCCGUGUUUUCUAGGAUUGGAACUUCGGCCGGACCUGGUGCAAGCCGCGAACGCAGAAGCAGUAGCGAAGGGAUACCAGCGGGAAGACGCAGCGAACUAUGUUUCUACUGAUGCUGCCUUAGUACUGCCAUCUGAACAAGAACAAACCAUCAGCCACUCAGGUACCAACCUCGAGGUCCAUUUCCGCAGCAUGAACUGCAAGAACCCCGCGCACUGGGACACGCUUUUUGAGGCCAACCCGAACACCAACAUCCCUUUUGUCGCGAUUCAAUUCCCCGACCCCUGGGCGAAAGCGCGACACUUGCGACGGAGGUUGGUGGAUCCGGAGUUCGCAAAGCUGUUGCUGGAGAGGAUGCUCAGAACGAGAACACCAUCGUCAGGCUCCUCGAAGAUGGACGACGCGACACGGGAGUUCUUACGUUCCCCCGCAACAACCCUCACGCCUGACACGGCUGCUGACACUUCCACCGUUCUUUCGGAAGUAGGUGACGACGCGGCGGAGCAAGAAGAACUCGUGGCACAAGAGCAGCGGCACCGAAGCCGUUCUAGUCCAUCAGCAAGUGGCGCAAGAAAACGAAGUUCGAACUCGAACUCGUGGCUGCACCGGCGCAUGAGGAAGGCUAUUAUUUCUGCCUCCCCUGCAGCGCCGGAAAAUACAGGCGGCGAACACAGCGACAGAACAGAUGCAGCAGACGUCGACGUGCAACUAUCAAGCGAGUACACCAGCAGUACAAGUUACCUCUACCUUAGCACCGACCGGGAAGACUUGAUGGACGAUAUGACCGAAGUUUUCGAUAACGUGUUGGAAAACGAUUUUCAAUUGGCGGUUGCGCAAGACAAAGCGGAUCUGUCUUGCAGUGCCCUGCAUGAUAAACACCACGGCUUUCUUGUCGUCAAGAAACCGCUCCAGUCACACCCACUAUCCGUAGGUACCGAAAGAGAUCUUGUGUGCGAACAUUUGCACCGAAACGUGAGCCGUGUGCUUUACGUGUUUUCACUCGCAGCUGUGUAACGACAUCCAAUUUCAUCAUAGCGUUUGAAUAAAGCGACUAAGACUAUUACUUUACUUCGAAGAC